AUGGCUAUGUUACCGUUCAAUGUUAUUCUGCGACCAGCUAAGAUAUUCUUCUCGAAGAGCAGAGGCAGUGAGAACUUGCAGAGUUUGGAGCUGAGAAGUCUUCCGAGUCAGAGCUAUCCGGCAACCUCCGGCUUCGCACCCAACGGUGAUCAGGAGGAGUACAUUCUGACCAAGAACAAUAACGUUGUCGAAGUUGGUGCAUCCAAGUUGUCCAAUGUGAGAUCGAGAGACUUCAUCGAUGAGACGACGCUGGAUGACGAAUCUGAGUUUCCCGACAGAGGUCUGCAGGCGUGGCUCGCUGUGUUUGGUUCAUUUAUCGGGCUGCUUCCUGUCUUUGGGCUUCUUAACUCUCUGGGUGCCAUCGAGUCGUAUAUCUCGAGGCAUCAACUGGCCUCCGUUCCGGCCUCCACGGUUUCGUGGAUCUUUUCCUUAUAUCUGUCUAUGAGCUUCCUAAGCGGUAUCUUCGCAGGCGGGUUCUUUGAUAGAAAUGGGGGCCUGGCGCCCAUGUGCACAGGAACGGUGAUUUACGUUGGUGGUAUAAUGUGCCUGGCGAAUUGUUACACCGUGUGGCAGUUUAUCUUGGCUUUUUCGAUCCUGUGUGGCGCUGGCACCGGAGUUCUGAUGACUCCGCUGGUCAGCGUCUUGGCAACCUGGUUCUUAAAAAAGAGGGCCAUUGCCACUAGCAUUGCCACUAUGGGUGGCUCUGUCGGGGGUGCUAUCUAUCCCAUGAUGUUGAAGAAACUGUACAAAGAAGUGGGAUACGCAUGGGCCAUCAGGAUUACUGGCUUUGUCUGCCUAGCAUGUCUCAUCGUCUCAACGACUCUUUGUCGCGAAAGGGAACUGGUCAAACAGGAGCCGUUCAAGUCGAAGACGGAGCUGAUGAAAUGGUACGUUUCCUCUUCUUUGAACUGGAGAUAUUUCUUAGAGAUGAAGUUUCUUUUCGCUGCGCUAGGAGCGGCGCUUGCUGAGGUCUCUCUUACUACUUCUUCGACAUAUCUCGCUUCUUACUCCUUGGCUAGAGGCAAUACCGAAAGCACUUCUUUCGCCCUGAUCACCGCUAUCAAUGCGAUUGGCGCCCUAGGACGAUAUAUACCAGGCUAUGUCGCGGACAGAUAUCUCGGCAGGUUCAACGUUUACAUUAUUGCUGUCACGAUUUCCGGACUGUGCAAUCUGAUCAUAUGGUUGCCCUUCGGAGGCUACACGGGCGCCCUAUGGGUCUAUGCUUGCAUCUACGGCUUCAGCAGUGGCUCAAUUCUCUCGCUGACGCCAGUCUGCAUAGGACAAAUUUCCAGAACGGAAGAUUUCGGCAAACGGUACUCUACUGCCUAUUUCCUGCAGGCUAUAGUUACGAUUCCCAUGCUUCCUAUCGCGGGUGUGAUUAUUAACAAGGGGACUGUACCCGAGUACAACAAGUUCAUUGUCUUCGUCUCGGUACUGAUGCUUGCAGGAGCAGCUUGUAAUAUGGUUACGAGAUACAUCUGUGUAGGAACGAAGCUACGUAAGUUUUGA